CCGGUUUGCAAUGCAAUAACCUUGAGUCAGGGGCUCAUUUAAUGAGGAUAUUGAUAGUGCUCACCACUCUCCUCGCCACCUGCAGCGCUUCCAAGUCUUCUAGUAUUCCACUCUACAGAAAGGACCUUCCUUACUGUGCGUCUUCGCUUGUGUAUCUCAGUGGAGAUGACAAGGUCCGUGAAGUGUGGUCUAUCAAGGAUGGCGGUGACUACACGCUGGACCUUCGCACUCACACAAGCUCAUACUGUCCACAUGACCGGAAUGUCACUGCUGUGCAGUUUGACUUAGGGCGCAUGAAGCGGAUAGCUGGGGUGUUAGUAACAGGCAAACGGCAAGAGGAGACCCCCCUGGAUAAAUACGACAUAGACACCUUACCCCCCUGGACGGAAGAUAUGUGGGUAUACUACGCCACACACUACACUGUGGAGCACAGUCCCGACUCUCGAAUAUGGACCGAGAUUAAGGACGAGUUAGGAAAUCCAAGGCAUUUUAAAAUGACGCAAAGCUAUGAAGAAGCAGCCGCCAUUAAAAGUAAAUGGGAAAUUUUCAUACGAGCUCACCUGCAAACAUUCGACCCUAACAUUCACGCACGCUUCAUCCGAAUCAACGUCCAGGCGUUUAUCAAGAAAGGCUGCAUUGGGCGCGUGGAUGUGAUAGGCUGUGAUUCAGACUUGUCUACCAACAACGUGCAGCGCGUGGAAGUGGCCGAGCCGUCUAAGAUUGAAAGAGGUGAAUGCAGUCAUGUCAGUACUCUGGGGAUGCAGUCUGGUGAAAUUACCGACGGACAAAUUGAAGCAUCAUCGUUCGACCACUAUUCAUACCCCGGAUUUGCACGUUGGGACAACCCUCACCAAAUGCAAUGGUGCGCCAAUACAUCACACGACAAGAGCCCAUGGAUCAUGGUGGGCUUUCCUACAUCAAGGUUCCUCACCAAAGUCCUUUACAAAGGGGAGAUUAAAGGCUAUAAAGUGGACAUUGAGUUGACCUUAGACGGGAAAACCUGGACCAAGUACGAGAGUCGGUCGCGCAGUUUUUUUUCUGCGACACUGUGUUGCGGAUUCCACGAGGAAUUUUACAUCUACCCAGUGAUCAAAGUCCGUUACGUUCGACUCGCUUUCAAGAGGGACUGGUACGGGCCGUACAAAGCGUGCGCCAUGUUUGAAGUGUUUGGAUGUUCAGCGGAGACCCAAACUUUGUCUUGGUUCCCGCCAUUGAUCGCUCGAGUCAAGCCACAUAUCGAGAUCUCGCCCGGUACAUGGGACCGCAAGGAUGUGCGCUACAUGGCGAUGGGGGAAGAUCCAUAUCUCUCAUACUGCUUCAAGACCAGCAAAAUAUACUUCGAUUUUGGCAAUCCCUCCUUCAAAGAACCGACGUACAAUCGUGUCGAGUUCGACAUGAAGAAGAUGUUUGCCUUAACUAAAGUCAUCAUCAGGGGUGACCUCAGUCCGUCCAAGGAAUGCGGUCCAUACGUCAAGAGUAUGGCUAUCAUGUACAGUAUGGACCGUACCACGUGGACCAUGGUCAGGUAUUACAAUGGCAAGAAUGACUGGAGGCUCCGAAUUAAGGUCCAUCCCGCCGUUAAGAGCGAGUGCCAGGUAGCGACCGUCCACGUGGUCCCAGUAGCAGUAGGCCGCUUUUUCAAGUUUGUACCCGGGCACUACGAUAAGCACUUCCAGUGCUGGAAAAUUGAAAUGAUGGGCUUCGAGCCAGGUGUGCAGCCAAUUCCGCCCCGAACACCGAGAAAAAAUAAUCCCGCUUGUAACGAUGCCCUCGGCAUGGAGAAUGGCGCGAUCAAGGCUUCCAAGAUCUCGGCUACGUCAUCGCAAACUGGCGCCCAGCCUUCCCAGGGGAGGCUUAACGGAGGUGGGGCCUGGUGCCCAGACAAGAUUCACCAUGUGCACACGUACACGGCAGCCAACAACUCUCUAGAGAUCGACUUAGAAAAAGAGUACAUCAUAGACGGGUUUGCAAGCCAAGGUCACAUGAAAACGGAUGACCCUCGGUGGGUGAUGGCUUACGUCGUCCACUACAGCGAAGAUGGAGCUUCGUGGGACAUCAUCAAAUCAAGCGAGAAUGACUGGGUGUUUCGCGCAAACGCUGAUUGUUGCGGGGUAGUGCGCCAGUACCUGAACCCUCGCGUGCGCGCGCGGUACGUGCGGUUCGUGCCCGUGGCGUGGCACACGUGGCCGUGCAUGCGUGUUGAGAUCUACGGCUGUUUGGAUGGAACUUCAUACAAGUCAAGACUAUUUAAGAAGCUUAGAGAUCUAGAGACACAGAAAUUGUUCUUGGCGCAUUUAACACCUAACACGCCACUUCACUUCAACUGCGGUGACUACGAAACAUGGGGAAAAACCAACUAUCUCAAGAUAAAUCUUGAUCGCGAGAAAAGCAUCUGGUAUCAGAAGGCUUUUGGUCGGGAUUUUCCUAUCGUGGAGAAGACGCUUUCGCUCGCUACUAACCAGUUUCCUAGCGAAUUUGGUAGCAGACACUUCAUGUGCCGUGGGCGCACUCGAGACGGAAUGGACAUCUUCCAUCAGCAUUUGAUUGUAGUUCCUGAUGGACCCAGAAAAGCAUCAUGGCUCACACCCAUCGAGAACAUGAAAACCAAUCCGUCAUCAGUUAUUCCUCAAGUGGUUGUCAUUCAGCGGUUCGACCCGACGUACGACGGAGGUUUUCCUGUCUGGUCUGAGCCCGCAGUCGUCAAAGCGGUUGGCAACACGGCUUCGCUAGCCGUAUUUGUCCUUGGUAUACCAUAUUACCCGAUGAUUAUUCACAACUGUUUGGUGGAGAACCGCCUCUCCGAUUGGCAUCUCACACAUCUUGGCACCGUCGCAAGAAAUGACACGCAAGCAUGCGCACGACUGGCCUUAUCACGUGGGUACGAGUAUAUGAUAAUCCUAGCUGAGACAGAGUGCAUGUCAAGCUGGUACAUGCCGCUGGCUACAUCUGCUCACAGGCUCCGAGAUGAAGGGCAGUGCAGGCUUGAACCGAGGGCGUAUUUCAUUCAAGCGACUUUCGAGGAGUACAACAUUGCUUGGUAUAAAAGAAUCGAAGACGAUAAAUACCCUUGGAAGCGUCUCUUCUCAUAUCCCAUCAGACCUCGGGACAAGUCCUCAUCUCACAUCUUCUCGGUGGCGGCCAAUGGACAUAUACUGCAAGAGAGAGUGAGGCCUUUUUCAUAUGGGGGACACUUCCAAACUUUCGACAAGGCGCUCUUUGGUGAUACAUACACAGGAAGCCAUGUGAUGGACAUCCGGGACAUUACGGUAGAAGAUCUUGGGGCUUACAAGUUUGAAGUUACUGUGCCUUCGCGGGGGGUCCGAAAUGAGGCCAUUAUACUGUUGCAACACGAAGGUGGACCUUCCAUUGAUCUCCCUGAGCGUUACUCUGCAUGCGAGGCUGUCCCAGGGCCGCUGACCGUCAAACCUGUAGAGGAUAACCUUUUAGAGCCAGAAGAGCUGCAAGUACAAGCCUGGUACUUCUCGUUUCUGAUUGGGGAGGAGCUGCAACGAUGGACAACCACGGACGAUAUUUCAUUCAAGUGGGAAGGCAGGUGGAGAGAAAAGUUUGUUUGGACUCAUCCACUCCCCAUCGACAACGGAAAGUUCAUUGAAGUUUUUGUCAAGAAUCAUUACGGGAUGGCUUCAGCUCUUGCGCAGAUCGAAGUUGCUCCAGUGGACGAGACACCGUAUCCAGAGUGGGUGACCCCAUCCCCCUUCCAGGCUAUCGACGGUUUCUCUCAGCUUCUUGAGGUCAAGCUGCGAUCCGACAAACAACUCGAAUCGGUCACAUGGUUUCACGACGACAAGCCGAUUGAAGUCGCGACCGAUCGUUACGCCUUCCCAGGAUCAACAGCGGGUAUUCGCACCAAGCUCAAACUUGUCACAAUUGACGAGAAGACGCCAGGAAAUUAUAAAGUAGUCAUCACCGGCAAAUACUGCCAGUUUGAAAGGAGCAUCCACGUCAAAGUCAUCGUCGUUCCCAGGGUGACUUUCUUGCCACGAGCCGACUUUGUUGUUGCCAAGGUAAACGACAAAGAAGUAAUCUUCAACGCCACGGUAAAAGGCGGCAACCCUAAACCAAAGAUGCAAGAGAUGACUUGGCGCAAAGGUGAAAAUAAGAUGAUUGCUUCAUACAGUGGCCGAAUCGUCCUGUUUACUACCCUGGAUGAGCAGAGUAACUGGUUCUCUGUACUGAAAAUCAGCAAGCUCCGAGCAACCGACACGGCACAGUACACGUUUGAGAUAAGCUCUGGGCCUGCUAUCACCAAAAAGACUUGGCAGCUUAGCGUCCGCGAGACUGGAGCAGUGAACACAACAUAUUUCCCAGCGGGUGAACGCCCAUCCAAGAUAGCAGACCACUCUUUCAGCAGCCCAAAACCAACAAGCUCUUACAAUACGAUUAUCCUUCCCUUUACAAUUUUGCUUCUUUUGAUUUUAAAUUAAGUCGCUAUCACAAUAAAUAAUCAUUUUAUCUCCACACACCUAAGAUUACAAGACAAACUUACAAAAAGACUACUUACAAUAAAGAAACUUCCCCCCCCCCAAAAAAAAAGCACUAACAAUACAAUUACACUUCUUAGGCCUCUGCUUUUAGCAGAGGGCACAAGUCGCUAUCAAUUAAACUAUGUCAUUUCUAAUCUAAUUUUCUAUUUAUCUAAUUAUCUAUUUCUAUAUAAUUAUUUAUUUCUAAUUGCCUUUUCCAACAUCUUCCCAUACCUGUCACUCUCCAAAAAUCUAAAGGCUUGAGAAUUUUUUGGGGGGAGGGGUGGGUUGGGUAUACCCACACUGGCGUUUGCCAUAUAGAAGGCUCUCACGCACAAAUCCACUUAUAGAUCUCACAAGAAUGUUAGAUAUAUUGUGCUCGUAAGGGAAUUAUUGCUUUAAUUAUUCAAUAGAAAAAAGGCAAAAUGUUGGUUUUCUAGUCAAUAAUAAAAAGUGGUAAAAAAGUGAUUAAAACGCUAAAAAGUGGGAGAUAUGGUGCUUCACCCGGGAGAGCGAGAGAAGAGGUCUAAAAUCUUGAGACUCCUGACUAAUGAGGGAGAGUUGACAGGUAUGCCUUCCACUUGUGCUAAUUUGCAGUUAUUGUUGUAAUGAUAAGAUUAUAUGGUGCGUUAUGACUCAGUAUUAAGUAGCUUACCAACAGGCAAAUUACAAUUUAAAAUGAAUGCUUAAAAGAUGACAAUUUCA